GAAUAUUUCCAAUAAACAUUUUUUGAGAGAUUUAAUUGUUCAACUAUAACAGGCACACUUAAAUCAUCGACAUCUUGAAGAUUACAGAAUACGAAGCUUCGCGUUUAGACUGUUAUGUAUAGACAUUAUAAAAAUUCGUAUUUAUUGUCAAAGAAUCACCCAGAGAAACUGUGAACACGUUAUUUUUCCUGCAUUCCGUCUCUCAGUUUUCGACAGACAAAAUGAGAAAGUGUGAGAGUAUAUACUGCAGCGAGUGAAUCAACGCGUUUUUGUGGAAGUCAUACCGGUUAAAGAACAAUUACUCGAUGGAAACGAAUGACAUUUUAUGGAAUGUCAAACUGCGUCAAUCUAUAGAUCAUAUAUAAAUCUCAUGUAUAAAACAGAAGAUUAUAUAUAUUUUCGGGCUGGAAGAAACGUUUCGAACAAACUCAACGCGUUAUUAUUGCUGACAUAAGAUAAGAUAUGAUAAUGUUUAUUAAUAACGAUUUAUUCGCGUAUAUUUAUUGAUGAUUUUUAAAACGGUGAACCGCACGAGUUGCUUAAAUUUAAAUUUUAUAUGAGAAUACAAAAGUGCUAUAUACAAUCGAGAAAUGACAGAAUCCACGUCGGACGUGCCAGAGGAGAAGGAAGCCGCAAACACAACACCCAUCUGCGGGAAGCGACACUGUAGGGAGAUGCGCAAGGACAAGUUACCCCCUUAUCUUCGAGACAGAGAAAGAAUACUCUAUCCACGUAACACGAGAACUCUGCCAAAAAUACCGGUGGUUGGCGGACAACCUAUCGAAGAAGAAACAUGCAUGGCUUUGAGAACAUUGGUCUUCGGUUCCUGCGCGAGCCCACCUAAAAUUGAAUGGACAAGGACCGGGUUAACUUUACGACCGUAUGGCCAGAGUUUGGCAUUUGGAUUAAGAACUCCCAGGAACACAACGAGAGGCCUCGUCACCGCGGUGCAAGCUAUCAUGCUAAAGCACUUUUUAUUCAAAUGCGACAGACAAGAUUUACACGCAGGACCCGAUGCUCUAUUGAAACCCUCAUACGAACGACAGAUCGAUGUAUUGACUUCCGCGAUAUCGGAGAUUAUUUGGCGUUCCGCCGGUGGCUUCUCUGUUUCCACGUGCGUAAAUGUUGUCAGUAACACUGUGCCAAAGGCCGUGGUGGCUUUACCACAGGACACACCAUACCUUCAACAUAGUGUACAGUAUUUUCAAGACGGAUUAACAGAAACGCUGCACCUCUUCGAAUUCAACUCUUUGGAAGAUCUGGAGAUAUUUAUCAAGAGAUACUUAUACCUGUUUCAUGACGAAGGCGGACCUGGUGCAAAGUUACUCUUAUAUAGCGCAGUGCUCUCGAGAGGUCUCUCAAAAGUGCAAAAUGAUUUAGAAGAUUCAAAGGCAUCGAUUCUUGGUGGAUGUUCAGAAGAAGGCCCAAUCAGCAUCGUUAUUUUUUUUUUAACUGGUCGUGUUUCACCACAUAUCCAUAAUGGAGUACUUCACGUUGGCGAUGAAAAUACAUAUGCCGUACCACAAUGGGGCGUUCUUACGAGAAGCGAAGUGGGAUUUUUAAUACACGAAGGCGAUGGUAAUGUAAGCAAACAACCAGGUUCUCGUUUGAAGACACCCAGUCUACCGAUAUGGGUGACUCUCUGCCUCGGUCAUCACGGUGUGCUCUUCAAUACAAAUCGAGAGUUACUAAGAAAUUAUCAUGCAGAACGACGUUUCGAGAUCCAAUAUUUUACUUGCGGUGGCAGUCACGCUACGUUGACGGUAGAUACCAGGGCAAACGAAACUUCCGGGGUAUCAGAUGCUGCAACUAUGGAAGCCGCAGAUAUCGCAGCAACGCCGUUGGAGAAACUCAUUCGAUCCAAGUUAGUAUACAUAUUUGUUAUACAAAAUAAAAAUAAAUUAUUUUUAAAAAUAAAUUUUUUGACCCUCUUCGCAAUUCUCUUCAAAAGUUUUACAUUUGACUCUAUAUGUCCUAAAGAAAAUAUAAACUAUUAUUUUGAUGAAUAAUUUUAUCAUUGUAUAACAUAUCUGAUUGAGUGGUAUUUAAAAUUUAAUGUACAAUAAAACAUAGUUUAAUUUACAAAAUUUCUUAUUUCCUCUAUUAGCUUUUUGUUAUAAAAGAGAAAGAUCUAAAAGCACUAUUGUCUUUUCAAUUACCGAAAUAAUCGGGCGAUAUCUGUGAGAUCACUCGAGCGUUACCUUGAGCAACAUAGAAUUCAAGGUACUAUCUCUUCCAUUUAUUGUUUCACGCUGCAUUAAAGAUGGCAGGAUGCUCUCAUACAAUGGAACGGAACACCGGUGAUGUGAAGAAAUACGAGAAAAUGACAAUUUGUGUUAAUUCGUGAUUCCACGUGAUGCUAAUCAAUCGCUGCGCGUGCUUAAUCUCAAGCUUAAUCUCAACCAAAAGCUUCUUAUCAUUAACAAUAUUCAAGUACAAGUAAAUAUUAUUUGCGUCGGCAUUGCAAUAUCGGGCACCGUAUAAUUUUACGCGAGUGAUAAGAUCAAUCUUUGGCGCUUUUUUAUUGUUAGAUAGUAUGCCAGAUAUUUAUAUGUGUGUAUAUGUGUGUCUCGAAGAGCUUGUUAUUUUUUAAAAUAUAUUAAUUGUCUGUUAAUAAUAAAUGACUGUUAAUAAAUGACAUAACAAAAUCGCAUUUCAGUAUUUGAAUUAAUAAUAUGUUAAAAGGCUAUCAUUACAAAGAGAUGAUAUAUUUUGACAGCUUCUUUGUCAAAUACGCAGCGGCCAAAUCCGUCUAAAUCAAGUCCAUUCACAGCAUGUGUUAUUUUUGUCAUCGAUAAAUUAUAAAAUAUAAAGAUUAUACAUCAAACAAAAAUAUUAAAAAUAGCGUUUAAAUAACUUGAAUAAAAAUAUAUAUAAUGAUAUAAAUCUAAAAUCACGUAAAUCCCCUACUAGUCGUCCUUAGACAGAUCGAAUACUCAUAGAUAUUCAUUUAGUCAGUGAUUAACAAACUCUUACUAAAGUUACCACGCGAUCGCGUGGGAAACGAUACGUCUUCUUUUAUUUUCAUGCAUGCAAUAUAUAUCGCGAUGCACUUAUACUGGAUGGACAUAUUAUAUGAAAGUCGACAAAAGAAAUUUCGAUUUUUCUUUAAUAUGAUGUGGUUCUCGAUACUACGAUAAAAUUCCAUGCAAAACAUUUUUGUAGAAAAAUAUCAAAAUACAGU